AUGGGAUUGUUUGGCUGGUUCGACACUACCAUGCCCGAGAUAGCAGUACUGCAGCCUUCAACGACGCUACCGGCUUCUAACAGCGGUGGUGGCAAGAUCACGUUGAAGUGUAAAUCAUUAGCGGAAACAAACGUAGGGCAGCCCAAGAAGCCGCUGUUCGCCGAUGAUGAGAAAAAAACAGCCAAGAUCAAUGAGCUAAGGGCGCUGGUUGAAAACUGCGAUGACUUUGUACGCCGAAGUGAUGAUCUGUUUCUGAGCCGGUUCUUGAUUUGCUGCGAUUGGGAUGUUCAGGAAGCGUUCCAACGAAUGGUUAAGCUGUUCAAAUUGAAGCAUGACAAUCCCGAAUGGUUCAUCAAUGAGCCACUAAACAGUUACAAACACAUAUUGAAACGCAACGUAAAGUUCGUUCUGGACAAACGUGACAAAAACGGACGGCGCAUCUUUGUCACCAAAAUGUGCAACAUGAACAUCAACGAGUCGUCCGCGACGGAUCUGGCCCAUCUGGAUGAGCUGUGGUGUGAGUUUAUGUUGAACGAUCUGGAAACGCAACAGAACGGCAUCGCUUGUCUUCUCGAUAUGAGUGGAUUUUCCAUUAAAAGUUUGCGUUAUUUGACUCCUUCCAAUAUCAAAAUCGGAACGCAGAAAGCUGAUCUACUGCCAGUGAAACAUAUGGAGUUCCAUGUUGUUAAUUCGUCGGCUUUCUUGAAUACUGCUGUGGCGAUUUUGUACCCGGUGCUAAGUAAACAAAUUAAGGAUAAGGUCCAUUUUCAUUACUCUGAUUGGGAUUCACUGCAUGCCGCACUAGGAAAGGAGGCUCUUCCCGCAGUAUACGGCGGAACGAACGGAACCGAUCUUGAUUGCGAAUCUCUGAACAAUCAGUUAUUACAAUUGGAAGAUCAUUACAAUAGUCUAGUAAGGUUUGGCUACGAACUCAAACCGCAUGUAGAUUCAAGUAAAUACGCUAAGUAUUUCCAUAACAUUGAUGUGGCGAAACGUAAUAAGAAGCACAGAAGAAGUAGGAUAGAGAGCGAAGUAGUUGAACAAUAA